AUGCGAUUGUCGGCGGUGAUCGAGCUGUUGCUAAUUUUGCUGUUGGUCGCGUUUGCUGCUUACGGCAGAGUUAUCGAACACGAUCGGGUCGUAGAACAAACGAUCAAGGAUGCUAAUGAUUUCGAGCAAAGUAACGUCGGAGUAUCGACUUUAUCGCUGAAACAAGCGACCGACAAUGUCAACAGAUAUUGUACCUGUAACGAGAACAUAUGCAAUUGCUGCAGGGACUUUCACAUACCACUGGUGCAGUUGCAGGGACCAGGAUGCGCGUCGUUGCAAUAUUUGCAGGAGGACAAUUUAGCAGUGCAGCUGAGCUUUGGCGACAACAUUUUGACCAGCACUAUCGUUAACGGAAGGAAUCCAAAGCCGGUGUGCGUUCCUUUGCCAGGAGGUUUUACGAAAUUCUGCGGCAGGAUUUAUUCGAUUCAACGCGACGCAAAGAACCACUUUAAAGCCUGCCUCGGGCUGGAGCUACAGUCCUCGACCGAACUCGAAGCGAGUUUACGCGUAAGCUGUUUCAGAUUUGGUCCCGACGGUUUGAAGUUGCGUCCACCGGAGCCGCUCCCGGUCGUUGAAGCAGAAACCCCGGAAGACGAGGACGACGACGACGAUUUCUUUGGUCUGGAUUCUGACGAGGACGAUGACAACGAAGGGGACACGCCGUUAGCCAACUCUGUGCCAAACUCUUCGGACGAAGAGGACGACGAAGAUGACGACGACGACGACGAGGAUGUCCUUGGAUUUGAUGCUCUUCUGGACAUCAUAACGGGCGACGACGAAUCCUCGACGAAGAAACCGAAGCUCACCACAGCCGCGCCACUUCUUCAGUUUACGAUUCCGAUCCUGACGAAACCAACGUCUGUCUCGCUAUUGGAGUCGCUAGAGGUGUCCACGGUUGAGAACAGUGUGGCCAACCACAGCGAAGAGGAAAACGAGUACAAUCAGUCUUUAAACACCGAUGCCCAAGAGUUUCCCGUCACAGACGCGACAUCGAACGGACUCGAAGAAAUCAUCACCGAUGCUUCCAAUAAAAUAUCUACGUACACGAAGCCUGCUAAAACGUCGACGAACAAACUGACGAUGUCGGAAGCGAACAAGAAGAAGCCUAGCGUCCCGAGUAACAGCAUCAACGCGAUCGAAAAUGAAACGAAUAAAAAAAAACCUUUGAGUAAACCGGUGAAAGACGACGAUGAUAUAUUAGGGACUGAUUUGGAUGAUGAUGACGACGACGACGACGACGACGAUGACGAUGAAGAGAUUUUAGCCGAUGACGAUGACGAGAACGAUAGCGACGAAGGAGAAGAGAACAAUCAGGACGAAGAAGGUGAAAAAGAACACGAGAAUGACGAGGACGAAGAUGAGAAGACCGAAGAUGUCGAUGCCCUUGUUGACGAUGACGAUGACGACGACGACGACGCUGAGGACGCUGUGAUCAGUGCCCUGGCAAACAAUGCUGAGGACGACGACGACGACGACGACGACGACGACGACGACGACGACGACGAUGACGACGCGGAUUACGGGCUCGGUAUUUCCGGACUACUGGCAAGAAACAGGCACUCGAGAAGCGGUCGCCAAAGCAAAGUUAUGAGACUUUGA